AUGGUUCCCAAGGCCGAUGUUCAGGUCCUGAUCGUUGGCGGCGGUAUUGCUGGGUUGACACUGGCCAAUAUCUGUAAGAAAAUUGGGCUCAGCUACAAGGUACUCGAGCGCACGGCCGAGGUAACCCCCGUGGGUGCGGGCAUCUCGCUGGCCCCGAAUGCCCUCCGGUUACUUGACCAACUCGGCUUCAUGGACAUCAUUCGGAAGGAAGGCCAGCCGCUACGAAAAAUCCAGGUCUACCGCAACACGACCCGAUGGAGUCUACUUGACUUUGAAUGGCUCGAGCCAACAUAUGGCUAUUCAAUGUACUCGAUGCCGCGACACAGCAUGCACCGCGCCUUGUACCAUCGGGCGGAUCCGGAGCACGUCAUCCUGGGGGCUGAAGUUGUUGGCAUCGAGGAUGAGCCCAAUUCGCCAACAGUCAAGGUUCGUCUGGCCGAUGGCCGCGAGUUCAGCGGUGAGGUGCUCGUGGGAGCCGAUGGCAUCCGGUCGAUCGUACGGCGGCUCCUUGCCGACAAGCAAGGGCUGGCAGGCGUCAACACCAUCCGGUUCACCGGACGCACCCACAUGACGGGCAUCUCGUAUCCGCUGGAGCAUCUCGGGCCUAACGAUCUCGGCGUGGCAACCUGGGUUUUCUACGAUGACUGUAUCCUCACCUCUUGGCCGUGCACUGAAAAUCGUCAAUGGUUUGUCGGUGUCAAGUCCUCCGAAGCCAAGACCACGACACGAUCCACCUGGAAAGGUGCCACUAAGGAAAUGAUCAACGAAAGUUACGGACACCGCUUCCAUCCGUUUGGCAAGAAUUACACCUGGUCGAUGUGGCGGAACGCGUGA